AUGUCCUCCGACCCACGUUUCUCUCGACUACGGUCAGUUAUCGACGACCGCUUCAAAUCCGUCUUUGCCAAAGAAAAAAAGUCCAAAAAUAAAUCCGCUGCCCGCACUGACAAGUACGGUCGCCGUCUCUCUGAAAAUCAUGAACAAGACAACCUGCGACGGUACUACCGGCUGGAGGACGGAGAUGAGGACGGUGCUGAGGAACCCAAGCCGGUAGACUAUGCUCGAGGACAAGUGCUUUUGGAAUCAUCAGAUGAGGAAGAUUCCGAAAAAGAGGAUGCUGAAAGCGACGCUGAAGAUGGAUUUGUGACGGUUGGCCGGACCGAGGAUGUAGAAGAACCAGAAAUUGAUUUGGACGAGUCCGAGUACGCCGAUUUGUCUGCUCAAGCAGCAGCAUACACCAAGGAUCACCCAGAAACAGAAGUCCAGGAAGGUGCAAGGACCUAUCGGCUCGCAGCUGUGAACCUAGACUGGGACCAUGUUCGUGCCAAUCACUUAUUCAAAAUUUGCUCUUCGCUUGUUUCACUCACCGCUCCUCCACUCGCUUCAUCAUCCCGUAGUCCUGAAAAGUCCAAAAAGCGCGCCAAAUCCUCCAACGAAAUGGUUCGUGGUCGGGUGUUAAGUGUUCGGGUCUACCCAAGUGAAUUCGGGAAGGAGCGUAUGGCUCGGGAGGAGAAAGAAGGGCCGCCUGCUGAAGUCUUCAAGAAAAAGAAGGUUGAGGAUGAGGAAGUGAACGAUCGUAAUAUCUACGAAGUUGGCGAUGAACAUGAUUUGAACGAAGACGCUCUACGAAAGUACCAGCUGGAACGUUUACGGUAUUACUAUGCUAUCAUCACCUGUAACUCCGUUGAUGCAGCAUCGCACAUAUAUGACGAAUUGGAGGGCACCGAGUUGGAACGAUCUGCAAAUGUUUUCGACCUAAGCUUCGUACCAGAAGAUAUGGUUUUUAAGGGCGAAUUUAGGGACGAAGCUACAGAAGAUUCUGUUGCUACGUAUAAGGGCCUUGACUUUGCCACAGAUGCUCUACGACAUUCUAAAUUACGCGGACGGACGUUAUCUCGCAAGGAAAUAGAAGACGGACAUUUCAACUCCUACCUCGCUUCUUCUUCCUCAGAAUCAGAAGGAGAAGAUGAACGGCAAGACACAGCGCAGAAGAAGUCGCAGCAAAAGGCUCAAUCACGAGAUAAAUUGCGUGCGCUGUUAUUGGGUGGGAACGAUGAUCUGCCCGAGGGCUGGUCUCGAGGCGGCGACAACGACGAGGGUUCUGAUGUUGACAUGGAGAUAACGACUGAAACCACGAUCGAGAAAUACCAGCGCAAAAUGAAGGAAAAGCGGAAGAGCAAAGCUGAACGGCGCACGAAGGGUCUUGAACCGCCGCCAAAGGACAACGACAAGCUUGGCGGAGACGACUUCUUCGAUGCUGCCAGCGAUGAUGAACCCGCGCCUCCACCAACCAAAGAGCCUAUUAGCCUAGAGGAGCUCCAGAAACUGGCGGAUGGAGACAAAGACGAGGGGCGGAAGCACUUCGAUCUGAAGGCCGUUUUGAAAGCUGAGAACAAGUCAAAACGGAAGGGGAAGAAGGGCAAGAAAGCUCGAGAACAAGAUGCUAAUGACGAAACCCAACCAGAUUUCGCACUCGAUGUCAAAGAUGAUCGUUUCAAUGUUCUUCAUGAAGAUCCCAAGUUUGCAAUUGAUCCCAGCAAUCCUCAGUUCAAGAGAACAAAAAGUAUGGCUGCGUUGCUGGAAGAGGGCGGCAAGCGUAGGCAAGCAAUUCGAGGAGAGAAUGAGUCCUUGGAUAAGACUACGAAGAAAAGUGAGGCAGAGGGUAACCGGAAUCUACAAAGUCUGGUGGAGAGUGUUAAACGAAAAAGCGCCCAUUCUGGACAGCGUGGUACGGGCAAACGACAAAAAAUCUCAUAGAUUGGUGUUA